CUCCCUCCCCCUCCGCCUCCGCGCCCUACGCGCGCCUCCCUCCCACCCCGUGCCACCCGGGGAGGUAGCUCGGCCGCUUCCCCGCGAUGCUGCAGUGGACCGGAGGCUCCAGGAGGCAGGUGUACGCCUCCAGGAAAUCGACACAGAGCAGGCAGAGGCAGUACUUUGAACAGAAGAAGCGGCAGCAGCACACGGCAGGGCUGCAGAACCAGGAUGGCACAGAUGGUGCAGGCGGUCAAGCUGUCGGUGAUCAGGCGCCUCGAUCCCUUGACAUCCUAAGCCUGAACAAUUUGGCAGCUCCAGUCAGUCAGCGCAAUGGCCCUGAAAAUGCAGAUAGUGUUCUUCCGCACAUGGACAGCACACAUUUUAGUGCUUCCCCUCUAGAGGCGCUGAAGAAGAUCAUUUCUUCAUAUAAUAUUGAUCCGAGGGAAACAAGUUCUCAGCCUAGAUUGUCAUCACCCGUUGCUCAUCAAGAUGUUGCAGCUGCCGUUAACCCUCAUGAAGAUCCUCUUGCACGCAAAAUAUCCACAUCGAAUAACUAUGAUGCCACGAAGCGAAAUCCAAAUGUGGAUCUCAACAGUGGUGAAAUUUCACUUAUUGAUUUGGUCAGAUACGAGGGAUCAAAAAAUAAAUCUACCGCUCAACCUGCCCGUGAAUCUCAUGUUUCAUUUUCUGUUAAAGGCCUUGGCCAUGUCAAGAUGGAAACUCCUCUCCAGUCACCAAGAUCCACCAAAAGGACUUUACCUUUGCCACCAAAGGCCUCGCGGUACACGCAAAAUAAAUCAAGAAGGUCCAUCCCUUUUGAUACCACAAAAGGACUGGAUUCUCUAAUGUAUGGUAUUAGCAUGAUGAGAGAGCGAAGCACUUCACACAAAAUGGGUAGUCUUGUAGAUGAGUCAAGCUAUGUAAGGAGGGAAAACUGUUAUUUUUCACAUUCAUUUGAGAACUACAAUGAUAAUCUCUAUGCCGGGGAUGAGGACAUGUUUUGUAAACCUCAAGCUCCAAAAGGUUGGCAAUCAAAUUGUAGUAGAAGAUAUGACGGUCUACCUGAUGUAAAUUCUGAUCAUUUGUGGAACAUGGAAUCAUUCGAUUCAGAUGCUCAUUUUCCUACUCCAAGAGCGGAACAUUUUGAUACAGUUGACUAUGGUGUUAAAGAAAGAUACUCUCCAGAGCGAAGAACUUCAACAAGAACUAGCAUAAGAUUUGAGACUUCAGGGCAUGACCUCUUUUCUGAUCAGUCAUUACUGGAUGAUGACAUUGAUAUGUUACAGUUUGACUGGGAAAGGCAACCAUCGUCUAAGAAAAUCCACAACACAAACAUCACUUUUGGCCCUUCUGCUUGGUCUUCUGACAUGGUAGACGAUGAUUCAGAGAAAAGGAAGAGCCCAUUGAGUGAAGAAUCAAGCUCAUGUGCUGCAGCAGUGAAGGAUAUCUCGAGCAACAAACCAACACUGUCUGUAAAAUGCACAGAGAAAAACAUGAAUGAGAAGGAUGACUUCCAUGCAAGCUUGGAUAAGUCUGAUAUUCCAAAUAUCGAUGCACAUCUAGAUGAAAUGUCAGCAUUCAGGGAUGAAGAAGAAUACUAUAAAAGAGCAACAGACCAGAAGAAUCGUGAAGCAGAUUAUUGGCCAGAUAAGGCAAUGGGCCAACAGAGAACCCAAGAACCAAGCUGCCGUUUAUCACUUCAGGAGAAAUUUGCUGACUGGGGUUCUUGUACCUCCCAUCUGAAGGGCAGCACUCGACGAAACAACCCACCGAGUUGCACUGUAAUGCGUGAGGAUAAACCUUUUGAUUCUAUUCCAGAUAUGGGUGGAUUUCAAACUGUGGGAUCAACUGAAUGGAGACCUACAUCAAAAGUUCGUCCUGUUUUCCACAGACCUGACAGUGCGUAUGAUGAGAUUCACCCGCAGAAUCCUGUUUCAGAUUUAUUUGGCAAUACAACGGAGUUUUCAGACCCAUUCCGUGCCACGGACCUUCCGAGCAACAUUGAUAUGUGUACUUUCUUGGGACAGAAGGCAGGCAAGAAGAAAGAAGAUAAUUUUUACUCUCUCAAGAAAUCAAAUGCAGACAUAUUUCAUUCUGCCAGUUCCGUAAAUGAAACUGUCGUCGGUCAACACACUACAUAUUCUCAGCAGUCUGGCAAGGAUUCACUAAGGCAAGGGUUUGAUCCUGGUAUUGAUUUUCAGGAGUCCAGACUACAUUCAUUCUGGGAAGAUGGCCAUGUUAGUGAUGACACUUUUCGGAGCGAUAAUGAGCUGAAUAAUCUGUUGGCAAGAAAAAAUGAUGAGAAGAAUAAAGGAGGGACUGAGAGGCUCGAGAAACUAGAAACAAAGACGUUGACACAAGCAUCUAAACCUUCUGGAGAUUUCGGAAAUGAGAUGAGUGAAGCUGAAACAUGUUCUGAUGGCUCGGAAGUGACCAACUAUCCUGGGGUGCAGAAUGGAAUAUCAGCAGCAGCAACGCAACUUCCUGGAAACUUGUGUCUUGAGGAAGCCUCAAGAGGAAUUUUCCAAAUUCAUGCUCAAGUUGAUUGUGCAAGAACAAUAGAAAAUCCCGGUGUUGACUUUGAAGCUCCGGUGCAUGUUAGAAACAUUAUUCAUGAUGAUGGAGAUCAUACCAAGGCCAAUCCAAUGUUCCAGUCUCCUUUCAUGGCAGAGAAGGUGGGGAUUGAGAAGAAGGUAAUAUCAGGCGUGUCAUCAAGCAACAGUGAUAUUCAGUUUGAGGUUAUGCUUGAACGUCGUGUUCUCCGACGGUUUUGUCUUCAGAAGGUAGUGGUAGAAACACCAAUGAAGGACAAGCUAGAUAAGGUUACGCACUUCAGGACGAUGGAGGAUGGAACUGUCCUGCGAAGAAGUGUCUAAACAGCUAAAAGUAAUCUAGUAACACAAUGCCUUGUAAGAUCCUGUGUAAGUGCCGCUGGUGGUGGGGUCCGCGAAAUCAGCAUCGCAAUGCGGUGAAGCAUGCACAACAUUCGUCCAUGUUGCGUGCUUCAACCUGUGAUUGUUAGGAGAUGCCUGUUUCAACAUAUGAUUGUUAGGGGAUGCUUGCCUGUGAUUAUUAGGAGAUGACAAAUCAGGGGGGUUGGGACCGUGGGGUGUACCUAUAGUCAUUCGACUCACUUAAACUGACGGAGCAAAUACAUAUCCACUCUAAUUAGUGCA